AUGCAACAACAAUCCACUCACACAACUACUAGCUUGGGCUCGGAUACCAGUGGAUAUGAUGAAAGCAGCAACCCUCUUCCUGCGCUCGAGACUACAUGGACUCUUGUCUGGCUGACUUGUCUGUGGUACUUGAAUCACAUCUCAACUUUAGCAUUCGAGUCGCUAGUAUACCCUGCCAUGAGGCUGUCACAAAAUGUCAUGGUCGCACUUGCGACUCUCGCGUCUGGGGAGUCGUUUGAAAAAGCUAAAUCGGCGGAUCUCAUGAAGCGUGCAGGUUCGACCAACCAGCUUGCUACUUUUGACGAGAACCCAACGACAAACUACCCUUCAUGGAAAUACAAAGGCCUCAACUUCACCCACCUCAGUCUUCUUCAGAAUUUCAAUGAAGGAUACAUCUUUGCGCCCAUCAUUCCCCAGUCUAAGAACUACACAAUGAACGGCGAACUUGGCUCCGACACAUUCCACGAACAACCUCUCUUCUCGAUCGCUGGGACGAAGAUGAAAAGCUUCGACUUGACGUACUUCUAUACAGCUUGCAUUCUCUUCGAUUACACUGACGACAGCGGUUACAAGCCAACGAGCUGCAAAUGUACUUUGACCGGUACCAACGCUGUCGGGGGUGCCAAACAGACGAAAACGUUUUCAUACACAGCGAAGCCAGGCGCAUCGCUUGCGCCUAUGAUCAAGGUGCAAGCAAAUAUGCAAGGGUUGAAGUUGGCGAAUUUUACCUUUGUUGAAAGUAAUCAGCAACGCCUGAGGAAUCUGCAGCUAUCUUUCGACAACAUUGCAUAUGUCACACAUCAAUGA